GAAUUUUUUUUUUACGUUACAUCCUGCUGUGACAGGUAGCGACGAUUGCGGCGUGUGGUCGCGGCGAGGAGGCCGAGUGGUGGGCGGUGUAGUCGCCGAUCCGGCGCCCUGGAUGGUACAGCUGCUGCGCGGCCGCAAGCACAUCUGCGCCGGUGCGCUCGUCUCUCCGCGGCAUGUCCUCACUGCUGCUCACUGUGUCCAACAGGACAGGCCCAAUUUGCGGCUUCGGCUGGCAGAAGGUGCCGAGCAUGCUCCUCAGCAUGUGCUCGUGCACGAGGGUUUCGACGCAUCCGAGCUGCGCCACGACCUGGCACUCCUGGUGCUCGAGCAACCGGCUGCCGUGGCCCGCGCUGAGAUAGGUUUGCCUGCCAGAGAUGAACGGAGAAGGCCACGAGGACAGCACGGCCCUGGUGUCCGGCUGGGGCUCCACGGGGCCUCGGGAUCGGGCCCAGCAGGAGGAGAAAGUUAGAGGAGAGGGCAGUCCAGAACACCGCGAAGCGAUGGUGCGGACGCUGAAGCGGAACCAGUGCGAGGAGGCCUACCUGGGGCUGCUGGACAUCAAUGACGAGAAGCUGUGUGCAGCAGGAGAUGGCGUGGAUACCUGCCAGGGUGACUCCGGAGGCCCGUUGGUUGUGAGCGACCCGAUACGCGACCGCUUCUCACUGGUCGGCGUGACGUCGUUCGGCGUGCGCUGCGGCGACUCCCGCUUCCCGGGAGUGUACACGCGAGUCGCCGCCUAUCUACCCUGGAUACGCGGAAAGAUGGUCGAGCACCCAUAGCCCAGAAAUGCGCCGUCGACGAUGUGUCCAUUUACCACGAACGAUUCCGCAGCCGGUUUGGAUCAACCUUUUGCGAAGCCUGUCGCGCUUUUAUUUUUUAUCGGGGUGGAUUGUUCGGAUGUAGUUGGUGCAUAACUGUCGAUGUGUGACUAUAAUCGACAGCGCAGUUUAUAUAGGUAGCCAAUGCAGUCAAUACAGGCUAUUCACCGUCACUAACGUGUCAUC